AUGACCAAGGACAGCUUAGCCCAGAGGCGGCCGGGGGCACCAGGUUAUACUGAGCCGUACCCACCCGGAAAGCCCAGGACUUGGCACUACUUACUCACUAAGGCUUUUUGGGCAUACCACAUAUCGAAACACUCGGCCACGGGUACAGCUCCUUAUGCCUUGACUUACGGCCAGGACACUGAUGUACCAAUCAAUCUAAAGGCUCGAUUUCUUUGA